ACAAGUUGAAAAACCAUGCUCACCUCAUCAAAUCCAUGAUAAAAAUAGCUCAACAAACAAAGGAUUUCCUCAAAUCCAUAAUGCACAAAAUCCCUAAUAAAUCCCAAAGUUUUUAAUUAGCAAAUCCAUGACAAAACCCUCGUUUUAAAUUCCUUGAAGCAAACUACCUUAGCUUAAGAUGUUAUAUUCUUAUUCAGAAUAUGAAAUGUUACCACCACUACAAAGAAUGAUAUCCUUCUUUUUUUAGGUUUACAAUUGAUUGUCCAUGGUUAAAAAAAAAAAAACUUUCAAGUACUACAGUAGUACAAAACUCUUUUAAGAUCUUUAGAGGGUACAGAGAAUUGUUGAGGUGGGAUUUUUGGAGUUGAACCAAUGGAAAACGGACACGCAACCUAUACAAAGUCCCCAGCUGCCUGCCAAUCCAGUCUUCUUCAACCGUAGCCGACUACUACAGUAUAGUAAUAGUAUCCGAUACGGCCACUGUUGCCACGUCGGGAAAUCUACAGCCAAAGCCCGGCAGCAGAGCAACCCGCAGCUACGUACUUAAAAGAUGGGCGCAAUCUUUUUGGGAUGGUUGCUGCUGUACGGGAUCCGGAUCAACCGCUGCAACUGCAAGCCUGCAACGUCGUUGAUCAUGAUUGAAGAGUUUACGAGGUCAGAUGUACGGUCACGAUUUGUGUUUUCUCCGGAAUUAAACGAUGGAUAUCCAAAUCGAUGGCGGACCAAGAAAAUAAAGUAAAAUAAAAAUUAUAUUAUUCUUAAAUAUGGAAAUACUCCGCCCAUACAAGUUAAAAAAAAGUCAACGAUGUAUUUUCAUAUUAAAAAAAAAAAAUUAUAAAAUACACUUGGUGUCUACACUGCUCAACAAAUUUGUCUCGGUAUAUCCCACUAGACAAUCAUUCACGAACUGACGCAUAUUUGACUUCUAAAUUUGUUCAUGAUGUAACUCAAAGCCGAAUAAACACUUUCGACGCUUUUAGUACAGCCAUAAAAUCAAUACAUUGUAAUUAUAUUAAUUGUUGGGUUUUGAAAAUAAUUAAAGAUAGAGAAUAAGAUUUUGCUAUUACACAAUGUUUAGAAUAUAACAACAAAAAAGUUGUAGCCAAAUGAAAAUUACAUUUAUUAGUAAUAGUAGUGUCCUGGGUUUGACUUACUCUAACUACCACUUAUAUUCUCAUACGCAAACCACAAACGAGAAUAGUAUAAUCAUUCUUUCAAAUUUCAGGAUGUCCCGAAUUAUUAAUUAUAAUUUUUUUCUUGUCUAUACGUAGAUUACCAUCGAGAGUUGGAUAAUCGAUCUUUCAAAAUUUAAGGAGUGUCCCGGGACACCCUAAAUGGCCCUGGAUCCAAUAGGAAGGGGGACAGUGGAACAAAGUUUAUUGAUGAACAGUGAAACCGAAUCUGUGUGGCAGCAAGAGUCAAAGAUUCAUUUUCUGUAAGGAUACGGACGGUUGAAGACGACAGUGAAGAAGAAGAAGAAGGGCAGUAGUAGUAGUAAUUAAUGUAUAGUGUGAAUGUGAUGGAUGGAAAUUAGGGGUCGUCCUUUGUCCCCGUUGUAGGACGCACGACCUCCCCUUUCUUCCUUCUCUCUGCCUCUGCAGCUCCUUCCUAAGGUCUACUAUACCUUUAGACUGGACUCAUGAUGAGAUCAAAGAAUUCAUAUACGAGUUAACAACAAAAUUAUCUAAAACCCUGUUGUUCUAAGUCAUUGUAUGUGGCAACUGAUACCCCGGUUCGAAACACAUUGGGAGCGCAGAUAGUCGAGCAGGUUUAGAGGGAAAUUGUGUUGUUAUAUCUAGUGGUGGUUCCUGAUUUGUAAUUAACGUUGAGAUCCGAUGAAGCUUGCUUUUUUUUUCUUCUGUUGUCAUGCAGAUCUAUCACUAUGAGAAAAUAUACAACGUCUGUUUGUUGUGACUCGUGAAAUGUAACUACAUAAUCAUGAAAUAUAGUGAAUUUUAUCAUAGAAGAGUGUGGAUUAAAUUGUUCGGACGGAACAAUGGUCUCAUUUAAUAGAAGAUGUGUUAAGAAUUCAGAUACGAGUUAACUACAAAAUAAUAUAAACUCUGUUGUUCUACGUAGUGGCAACUGAUACCCCGCCCGGCUCAAGCGAGCGAGGCCGUGGUAGAAUGGUCGUAUCGCAGGUUUUCAGCCUUGAGCCCCCAGUUUCAAAUCCCAGGGACGAUGUUCGUUUCCCCCUUCCCCCACCCCUCUAGUAGUACCUUGUAACAGGUCUCUGUGCACAAAAAAAAAAAAAAUUAUCCCACUCAAAACAAAUUGGGAGCACAGAUAUUUAAGCAUGUUAGCUAGUGAAAUUGUAUUGUAUUUCUCUAGUGGUGAUUCUUAAUUUGUAAUUACUAUUGAGGUUCGAUGAAGGCAUGAAGCUUCUUUUUCUUUUUGUCAUGUACAUCUAUCACAAUGAGAAAAUAUAUGACAUCUGUUGUAACUUGGGAAAUAUAACUACAUAUAGUCAAAUCCGUUUAACACAUAAGAUUUAUGAUACACAGUCUUAUUAUAAGCGCAACCUACGAAUUGAAAGCACAAUAUAUUACAAGUAAGAUAUUUCAUAUUUCUUCAAGAAUCGCUUCUCCUUGUGCAUCCAUCACCUAAAAGUCGAGACACUCGUUCAUCUAUCACCAGCUUGACAUCCCACAGAAGAGAACCUCCACAACUGGCGGGCUGGACAAUGUAUGUCUAAACUGGGCCUUGUUUGCCAUCACCGCACAACAUAUCCAUAAUAGCCUGAUAUUGGACAGUUCGGCCCAAAUAUUGUGACCCAAUUUACGGCCCAUCGGUAAUUUAGUAUGGAUCAGAUCCAUUCCGAAUGUAUCGUCCCUGUAUUAACUUGGGCUACAUCGCCUUUUGUUCUGGCAGUUGUAUUGUCGUAAGCUUGGGUGGGUGAUCAAAACUGAGCAUGAUGAAAUAAGAUAACAGGAAUUAUGAGUUAACUGUUUUUAUUAAUAGGAUUUUCACCAUACUUUCUACAACAAAACCAGAGAGAGAAAGCUUGGGAGAGAAAAGGCUCCCUCCUCUCUCCUGUUUCUCUACCGGUCGCAUUUAUGACCGUUGAAGCCAAGCCUCCGUCCGAGGAGGCGGACCAUUGCCUUAAACCGCCUGAUGGCUCGCCGGCGAGCUCGCCGACCCAGCCAACGAAGAAGUCCAAGUGCAUCGAAAGCAAUGGUAGCCCUGGCCAAGCGGAAAGGGAUUUUCCCGUCGUCACUGCCAGAGAGCACCAGCAGAGUAAAUUGAAAAGUGAAGCUGAACAGCCCACAGAGAAGGGAGAGCAGAGCAUCCCAAUGAAUAUGAGCCCACGGAGGGGAACGUAUAAAGAUAGAAUGCUGGGUAACACCCCGCCGCCGGAAUUCUCGGAUGGGGAAGAGCUAAUGUCCGAUGAAUCAGAAGGGGAAGAUAGAGAUGACGACCCAGAUUGCCCGACGAUUAGGGUUAAGAAAAGCACGAAUGCCAGAAUGAGAAAAAUUUGGCACAGAGCGAUUACCUUCAGAGUUUUGGGUACUGUGUUCCCCUUUUCCUUCCUCCAACGAAGGGUGAUGAAGAUGUGGGCCAAAACCGGAGGAAUCAAGAUUGGUGACAUCGGUAAUGGAUACUACCAAGCAAUUUUCGACUCUCAGUUGGAUCACGAUCGAGCCUUGUACGGAGGACCCUGGACAAUGGAAGACCAUUACAUCGUUGCAGAACCAUGGAGGCUCGACUUUGAUCCAGACUAUGACACAAUCGACAGAACCUCGGUUUGGGUAAGACUUCCCAGAUUGCCUCUUGCUUACUUUGAUGAGGAGAUCCUUUACAGUAUAGGUGAGAAACUGGGGAGAGUUGAAAAGAUUGACUAUAAUACAGCUAAUGGGUUCCGAGGGAACUAUGCUAGAAUCUGUGUGGAAAUCGAUCUUAGGAAGAAAUUGGUUUCGAAAUAUAGACUGAAGAGAAGAGUGAGAAGAGUUGAAUACGAAGGAUUACACAUUGUCUGCUUUGAGUGUGGCCACUAUGGACAUAAAGAAGAGAAAUGCCCAAUCCGCCUGGAGGGUACUGUUCUAUCACCAGAAGAGAAGUCCAAAGAUCAAAUGAUGCCCAGUCCAAACCUGGAAGUCAGACCAGAAAUCACUGAGGACUUUGGACCCUGGAUGUUGGCUACACGAGCUAGAAGAAGAAGACAGCCAAUGAAAAAAACUAACAACAACUACAAGAAGGAAGAACAACAAAAGAAUGCAUCAGGCUCCCGUUUUACUACUUUAGAGGAAGAAGAAGAAAGGAAUGAGGAAGGGGAGGUAGCAGAAGAAGAACAAGAACAUAAUGAUCAGAAUGAGACUGAGAAAGCAUACCAGAUGGAGGUGGAUGGAACGGAAGGUGGAAAUAUAGGGAAGGAAGAAAAGAAACAAGGGGGGAAGAAGAGUAGAGAUACUCCACAGGAAGAAGGAAAAGAGAUAAAGGAGAAAAAAAGGGAUGACAAACACAGUAAGGAAAUGAACAGGAAGGGGAACCAGAAGACCACCCCUGAGAAUAACACCCAGAAAACAGUGGGUAGGACACAGAUUGUGAAGCCUCAGCAGGAGGCAGCCAUUCCAUCUAAAGAGACCAAGGCAUGAAAGAAAAAUGAAGAGGGACCACCUGUCCAUCUAAAACAAUCUCAGAACCAAGGUGAAACAAGCAAACCCAGCAGCAGCGACACAAAACAUGGAAAGGGCAAAAUUUCGUCUGUUGGUGCCAUAAAAUGCCACCAACCAA